GUGAAAAACAUCGGCUUGCUGUACUUGUACGCUCUUCAAGCUUUUAAGCUCGUGCAUUAGGUCAGAUUAAAAAUAGCACCAACACCCGUCCAAGAUACAGUGCAGUGUAGUACAAAAUACUGUUAAAAUCUGAGAUAUUUAUUAUUUCUCGAAUCGCUGAAGAGCAACUCCGCGGAUAAGCUCGUCGUAAUAAUCGGCACUCGUGGAGCGCAGCAAAGAAAAAUUACACACACGUGCCCGCAAACAAUCAACGCUCCGCGACUCGCGCUUUCAGGUGGGGGGGGGGGGUGAGCAGCCGCAACAUACACAGACAUACGCUGCAUGUGUAUACGCGCGCAUACCCGUGAAAUAACCAGAGCUAGCGCAGUAUACACAUCGAGGCGCUAGAGCCGUGUUCGUUAUCUUAAUCGCCGCGCGAUAUGAGGCGACAGCUGCAGCCGCAGCAGCCGCCUGCAGCUCUACCGCCUACUUUUUUUCAUCCUACAGUUGCAGGGCCCCACUGAAUAACAAUGCGGAUAGCAUCAUGUUACUUCAGACGACUGAUGCUCUUGGCGGGCUUGAUCAUUCUAAUCGUCUGCGUGAUUCAGCUAUUCAAAUUCGAAAUCGGAUACAAUGAUGCCGAGGACGACAACGUCGAGAAGCUGAUGCGGAUAUCGCAGUUGAUCAAAAGUUCCAAUGAAGAGUCUCACUACGUUGGAGAUGGCGUACCCGCGUGCAAACUGCCAGAACUGGACAUUUCGAAUCCAGAGAUAAUGAAAUUUAUACACGAUGUUCCUCCACUCCAGUGUUCGCCCGAAGACUGGGUGAAAGCCGACGGCUCGAAACUUUUUAUAGACAAGAAGGCUAAGUCUCGAUAUGGUCCAAUAACAUGCGCUUUUAAUGAAAUUCUUAGGGUAGACGACUACAAUUACGAACUGACUAGUACCGUUGAAACGGAUAAGUUCUACGUACUUCGUCACAGUGAUUAUGCGGAAGUAAAGUGCGAAUCGCAGACUGGAAAACAAUGGCACAGCGUGCUGGCAGCGGUUCAAGAGGACCCGCGAGUCAAGCAGACCUACAGCUGGAGCAAGGUGCCGCGCUCGGCUUUACCGGUGAACGUCCUGAUGUUCGGCUUCGACUCGCUGUCUCGCAACACCUUCGAGCGAAAACUGCCGCGAUCCUAUCGCUACAUGCGCCAGAACUUGGGCAGCUUCGUACUCGAGGGCUACAACAUCGUCGGCGACGGUACUCCCCAGGCUCUCAUACCCAUCCUCACUGGCAAGAUCGAGCUCGAACUGCCGGAGACGCGCAAACGCAUGGGAGCCAAGGCCAACUUCGUCGACGUCUAUCCCCUCAUCUGGAAGGACUACAAGGAUGCUGGCUACGUGACCGGUUUCAUGGAAGACGUUCAUCACAUAGGCACGUUCACCUACAGACUUAAGGGAUUCAACGAGCAGCCGGUAGAUCACUACAUGAGAACUUACUAUUUGGCGGCGUCGGGAUAUUUCAAGUACUCCAAGCCGUUCUGCAUGGCUGGCAUUCCGCGACACGUUGCGAUGAUGAACCAUAUAAAGGCUAUCUUUGACAAGUAUAGGGAUCAACCGAAAUUCGCUUUUGGAUUUCACGGGGAAUUGUCGCACGAUUCUUACAAUGACAUCGGUGCUGCGGACGACGAUCUGCUGCGAUGGCUAAAAGAUCUCAAAGAAUCUGGCCAUUUGAACAAUACUAUUUUGAUUCUGAUGAGCGACCACGGACACAGAUUCGCCGAUAUAAGAAAUACGCUUCAGGGUAAACAGGAGGAGAGACUGCCAUUUUUUUCAUUCACCUUCCCACCUUGGUUUAAACAGGUCCAUCCGCAGGCUUACGCAAAUUUUAUAUACAACACGCAGCGCUUAACUUCACCCUUCGAUAUUCACGCAACAUUGAAGCACAUUCUCAAGUUUGAGACACCAAGAGAGGGAGACCUGAGCAAUCGAGGGAUUAGCUUGUUCGACAAGAUCCCCAUCGAGCGAACUUGUGCAGACGCUUUCAUUGAGCCGCAUUGGUGUGCAUGUUUGUCGUGGCAAGAAAUUUCUCUAGAACAAGAUGUAGUUCAAGAAGCUGCAGAGUACUUUGUCGGCUUUUUGAAUUCAUACACCGAAGAACACCGAGACAUAUGUGAGAAGCUUCGCGUUGGAGAAGUCAUGUGGGCGGCUAAAUUGAUACCUACGAAAGGACUCUUGCAUUUCGAAAAGUCUCGAGAUACCGACGGAUUUGUUGCCGAAUUGAGCGCCAAGACGCAGCUUACCACCGAACUGUAUCAGUUGAAAAUAAAGACAUUACCAGGAAAUGGACUGUUUGAAGCAAGUGUUGCGCGAGAUGUUGACAAAAAUCUUUUUUCGACUAAGAUUUCAGAUGUCAGUAGAAUAAAUAUGUACGGUUCGCAAGCAAGAUGUGUAGAGAAUAGCCUGUUCCAUUUGCGCAAGUACUGUUACUGCAAGGAUUAAAAUAACGUGAAGCAGGAUACGAAAGGUUUAAUCACCUGAUCAUUUAAUCAUUUCGAAUAGUUCUCAAGAUUGAAAGAUAAUAGUCAUAUCAGCUGGUUAUGCACGAUCAAAUCAUAAAUUACAAACGACCUGAGACCACCGAAAUUCAAAGACAUAGAGUUUAAGAAAUAUAAAGCAUAAAACGACCACCGAAUUCACAAACAUUUGCGCAAGUUUUAUAGCAAUAAGUGUAAAAAUAAUUUAUGGUUCUACUAGUUAUCAAGGCUGUUGUAAGGAACGUAAUAUGUUCACACUAGUUAAAGUCGUCAGUAAGCACAGGUAUUAUUGAAUUAUUGAAAUUAUUGAAUGCAUGGCCAGUUCCGAUUCAAACCAGUUGUUUCAACAUAAAGAUGCAUAUCCCUAUUCUAAAAGGUGUACAAAUUCACGAUCAUGUUAGUUUAUAUUUGGUUAGUGAAUAGUGAUUGGCAAACAAAUGAGAUAUUAUAUUUGACAAUUAAGUUUUUAUCAACAUUUCUAUGCAAGAUUAGAAAUUAGAGAAUUCAAAGUUUUUUUCAACUGUUUUUAAAAAAAUUUCAAAUAUGCAAUAUACAUCCAGAAUAUAUGUUUCAUGUAUAAAAUGUGAAGUACAUUUAGUGAAUUCGAUCGAUGCCAUUGAUGAUAAUACCUACAUUUAGACAGAACGAACUUUUUGUUAUUUUUUUUUGUGUACUUUUAGUAUUCAAUUUAUAAUUAAUUUAGAAAAUUACGUUUUUAAAAAUGUAUAAAUAUUCUGGUUGCAACACAGAUCCAAAAGUAUUAUAUUGUAAAUUCACUAUUCACAUGUCAAUGUGCCCCGAACUUGUUAGUUAAAUAUUCAUUCUCGACUAUUAUUUUAUUAAAAAAAGAUCUUCUGAAGGUUUACUGUAUGUAUCAAUGAAUUUUGCUAUUAAAAACUAGACUUUUGUUUUUAUAACAAAACAAAAUUUAAAAAAAGCAUUCAUUUUAAAACGUGAUAUGAAUAGAAAAUGAUAUGUAAGAAUGUCGCCAUACGUUAAAUUAGCACUUUAAUACCGAAAAAUCUUUUAUAUCAAAAUGGUUUAUGAAAUGGUUAUAAGAACUUCAGAAUUGAGUUAUUUGUAUAUUAUUUAGCUAUUUUUUAAGUACAUUAAAAUUAGGAAAUAGGAGAAUGGUACUACCUCAGCAAAUAUUUAAAAUAACAGUAUUCAAAUUUGUGAACAAAACACAUGAUUACUUUUGUAACUGUGUCAGUCAAUAAUAUAAAAUUUUGUUUAACACUCUUAAUUAGAUAAUAAAAAAAGCUGUAAUAACGGUUACAGCCAUUCAUAUAGUUAUAUGUUUAAUCAUUGUAUUUCUCAAUACUUAUAUAUACUGAACGAACAAAAUACUAAUAGAGAAAAACGUUGAAUUUUAAUAUUAUGGUCCAUUAAUUACGAUUUAUUAACAAUUACAAACUGUAAUCGAUUCGACUUAAGGCCUUUGAAUGUCAAGAAUAGCCUACACAAUAUAUAUCUGACAUUUAUAAUUACAAUGUUGAUGUAAGAUAUUACAUUUUUACAAAUACAAUUCUUCUACGUGGUUUUUUGUAAAAUUUCAAGUAAAUUUUUAACAUUAAAGAUCUUGAUACAUACUAAUUAUUAAUUUAAAAUUGCAAGCAUAUUUGGCGAGAAAGUAUAAUAUAGUGAUGUUAGUAGCUCUAAUUUGUUCAAGACAUAUUUUUGUACUAGUGUGCCAAAUUGUGUUUGAAUAAAUUUGCUCAUAAUUGUCAAUACUUGUACCACAAUAAAAUUAAUUAAAAAUUUGCAUAGAUCUUUGUUUCAUACAUUUGUGUGAUUAAGACCAACACGUUUUAUAAAUCUUAACAAAUUUCGAUUUGUAUGUGCUAUUGCUAAAACUCGACAUAUGUACCAUAAAUUUUUAUUUUAAACAAAUAAAUCGCAACUAUUUAGCUUAA